AUGAGAACAUUAAAGCAAGGCUCAAGUUGUAGGGUGGCCGCCAGUCCGGUCAUUCCGAAAGAAAAUGUUGUCCACCCAAACGAGUGCCGAGGAAAGCAGCAAGAAGGCCGCCUCCGUGAAGGUGAGCCUCGAUGGCGCACCGUACCUCCGGAAAGUGGACUUGAGGAUGUACAAAAGUUACCAGCAACUGUCCGAUGCCCUAGCCUAAAUGUUCAGUUCUUUCACUAUUUUUUCACUAUUGGGAAAUGUGGAUCCCAAGGAAUGUUGAAGGAUUUCAUGAAUGAGAGUAAGUUUAUGGAUCUAUUUAAUGGCUCUGAAUAUGUCCUAAUUUAUGAAAAUAAAGAUGGCGACUGGAUGCAUGUUGGUGAUGUCCCCUGCGUCGAGAGCCCUGGAGAAAUGCAAGAACAAAAGCUGAAGACCGUGAUGGCAGUUGGAAAUAUUAGUAUUAUUAAUGGAGUGAUUUUAUUUUGA